AAGUAGAUCACGCACAAUAUGUCAGUGCAAAUGUAAAAAAUGAUAAUCGUGCAGGUUUACCUUUGCAUUUUGAAGCUAGAGAGGAGGAUGGAUGCCACUCAGCAGAUCGACGAUCCCUUCUCUGAAGAAGAAGAAGAAGAAGAGGAGGAGAAAGGAGGACCAGAAAGAGAACAAUUAGCAACACUAAAGGUGUUCAAAAAUGACCACAUACCAGAGACAGAAUUCCCUCUCUACAUCGGAGAGAAUGUCAUCGGUCGUGAUCCUGCUGCCUGUUCUGUUCUGCUUCCGGCCCGAUCUGUAUCCAGUCGGCAUGCUGUCAUCUCCAUCUCAGUGUUCCGCUCUAGCAACGAUCGUUUUGGUAACGGUGAUGAUGUAGAAGCACUUUUCUGGGACAUGGGCAGUUUGAAUGGAACCAGAAAAGGCAGAUUCAAGCUGACGCCUCAGGUCCGAUACACUUUGACCGAGGGAGAGAGUGUGGUGCUCGCUGAUGUGCCAUGUCAGUACACUGGCCUGAAGAUCUCAAAGAAAGAUACAUGCAUAACUCCAGAGAAAGGAGGUGUGCCCAAAAAGGAGAAAAAAUCAAGUCCAGCAUUAUCAAGUAGUGACUCUGAGUCAGAGUUGAGUAAAGGUGUGCGGAAUAGGUUGAAUGUGAAAGAGAGGAGCGUUUUGCCUCCUGUGCCUUUAUGGAGCCCUGAGGAUGAACAACCCAAAAUGAGUUCACCACAAUCAGCUCACAAACAGCCUGAGAUCACCCUGGUGCCUGAAUCGGACUCAGAUGGAGAGAGUGCGCCGGAUGAGAGGAAAGAUUUUGUCUCAGACUCAGCUUCUUCCUCCCAUCUGUGUAGCUCCACAAAUUCAUCAUUCCUGACCCCUGCAAAAAAUGUCAUUCCAGAGAGUGAGGAUGAAAGUUCCAUCACUCCAUCUUCAGCCUCAAUAGACCGGUUCAGACUGAGGCAAAACCCUGAUGAGCCUUGUUCAAAGUCAUCUAAGCCUGGCCCUCUAGUCCUAAAUCUGGACAGUGACGUUGAUUUUGAAGAAAAGGACAUGGAGACAAGCAAGCCUGAAGCCGAGGCUCAGCCUGAAUUAGCUGCAAAGGUGGAACCAGUAUCUUCAGCUGAUCUUCAUAUGGACAGUGAUACUGAUGUUGAGGAAGAGGAACCGGAGACAAGUAAGGCUGGACCAGAGGCUCAAGAAGCAGUAACUCUAGAGAAAUCUGUAUCUUCAGUUGGCCUUCAUAUGGACACUGAUACUGAUGUUGAAGAAGAGGAAGAGAAAAAUAAAACUGAAACAGAGGCUCAGAUUGAACAAGCUCCAAAGGUGGGACCACCAUCUUCAGCUGAUCUUCAUAUGGACAGUGAUACUGAUGUUGAGGAAGAGGAACCAGAAGCAAGUAAGGCUGAACCACAGGCUCAAGAAGCAGUAACUCUUGAUAAAUCUGUCUCUUCAGUUGGACUUCAUAUGGACAGUGAUACUGAUGUUGAAGAAGAUGAAGAAGAGAAAAGCAAGACUGAACCCAAGGUUCACACUGAAGAAGCUCCAAAGGUGAAAUCAGAUCUUCAUAUGGACAGUGAUACUGAUGUUGAGGAGAAUGAGGCUUCUAUAACUGAAAAUGUCUCCAAAAAGGAAGCAGUUACAGAAAGUCCUCCAUCAGCAGCACCACCACAUACAGAAUUCCACAUGGACAGUGACACUGAUGUUGAAGAUGAUAAUCCCAUGAAGGUUUCUAUUGCAACAGAGGUCUCACAUCCCAUUGGAGAGGGAAGUGAUGUCAGGCCUACAUCAGCUCCAGGGACAGAGCUCCACAUGGACAGUGACACAGAUGUAGAUGAAGAGAAUGAGGACAAGGAAAAGGUGAAGGCCAGAGGUCUUCUGUCAAACAGUGAAACAGAUGAUGAGGAUCCUUUUAAACUUUUACCAGGCAAAGCUGUGAAGGCCGCACAGAGUCACAAGGUGUCUCUAGGUAGCAAAACAGAGCAAUCAGAAGAGAGCACCCGUAAAAAGCAAGACCAUCAUUCUCAAGCAAAGUCUAAUCUUGAGGAACCAACCCAAGCUUUUGGCCACUUAGAAGAAGAGUGGGACUUACUGCCCACGCAAGCAUACGGAACUGCUGGAACCAGUGCUAGGCUCAAGCCAAAGCAGCUUGAUCUUGAGGCUACACAGGCAUAUGGAACAGAGACAGACUGCGAGGAAGAGCAGGAGCCUCUGAACCAUACCCAACCCUACUCCAACUUCUCAACUGCUGAAACUCAGCUCAUCCCAGUAGCAAAGCCUGAUGAUGACGAGGAGGAGGAAGAUAAAGAGACACAAAAUGACUCUCACCUUUCCACAGCAGACACUCUGAUCAUAGCCAGCACCCCAAAACGGGAGGAGCAGACGCAGCCGUUUUCUCUUUUCACAGCCCAAACACAACUUGUCUGGGAGGGAGAAGACAAAGAGGUUUAUCAGAAUGAGCCCACCCAGCUCAUGACCGACACCAUUGAAGAAACGGAAAAGGGUGAGGAGGAGAACAUGAAACGAGGUAGGAGAACCCAUGGUGGAGGGACAGUACACAAAGGUAAAAACACCAGCUCCUGUUUUAUAAUUGCUGAAACUCAGCCCAUGUGUGAGGAAGAAGAGGCAACAGAUGCAGAUCUGAGUGGGGAUGGCUUUCAGAAACCAAGACAACAGGCUGAGAAAUAUGAUUCUGCACAUCUUGCUGAAAACAACUUCAGCUCCCAUCUCACUAUAGCUGAAACGCAACCAAUGUGUGAUGAUGAUGAUGAUGCACCAGAUCAGGACAAAGUGGUCAGCAGUAGUCAUAUAGAAAAACCUUCCAGUUCCCAUAUCGCCAUCGCAGAAACGCAGCCAAUGUUUGAGGAAGACGAAGCACCAGAGGAUGAUCUGAACAAUGAGGUCCGGAGAAGACAAACCGAAGGUGAGCCUGUACAUCAUAUUGAAAAGGCCUCCACCUCCAAUCGUGCCAUCCCUGAAACGCAGUCUGUUGGUGAAGAUGAUGAGGGACAAGAGGAAGAGCUUAGCAGCAAGAUGUCCAUCAGAAGAUCACGCAGGUGUAGACCAAAAAAAGAGAAGGAAGUCCCACUACCUGCCGAGGCUAUUGUCGAACACACUAUAACAGAAACACAACCAAUGUGUGAGGAAGAACAAACUGAGGAUCUGAAAAGUGAGGUCAGCUCUGGGAGACAGAGUAAAAGACAACAAGCACAUGAAUUCAAAUCUCCAGAACUUGCUAAACUGGACUUGAAAGCAUGUGUCACUGUUGCUGAAACGCAACCUAUGUGUGAAGAAGAGGCACCAUGUGAAGAUCUGAUUAAUGCAGUUAGCACCAGACAGAUAGAUGAAGACCGAUCCACAGAACUCCCAAUACCCUCGAGCUCCCAUAUCAGCGUAGAUGAAACACAGCCUAUGCAUGAGGAAGAUGAAGGACAGGAAAAAGACCUCAGCAGCAAGAUGGCAAGCAGAAGAUCACGAAGGGGAAGACCAAAGAAAGACGACGAGGUAACACAAACUGCUGAGGCUGCUGUUUAUCAGACUAUCAAAGAAACCCAACCAGUUCCUGAAGAAGUGAUUGAAAGGGAUAAAGAUCUGAACAGCGGAGUGAAAUCCAGGAGGUCCCGCAGAGGAAGGCAGAUAAAAGAGGACAGCGUUCCACAACCUGCUGAAGCUGCCGUCAGCUCCAUUUUUAUUAACACAGAAAUGCAGCCUGUUCAUGAGGACAGAACUGAAAGGGAUGAAGAUCUGAGUGGCAUCAGAUCCAAAAGACCCUGCAGAGGAAGACAAAAAGAUGAAGGUGAACCUGCACAGUCUGCUGAACCGAACUCCGAUCUCAGUGUUGUUGAAACACAGCCCAUGGUUGAGGAGAACGCCCAAGAAGAACCGAGUGUCAGAAGCAGCAAAAGACAGAGGAAAGACAAGACAGAGGUGAAGGAGAACACCCAAGAAGAACCUAGUGGCAGAAGUAGCAGAAGACAGAGGAAAGACAAGACAGAGGUGGAGAGUGAGACAGCUGUAUCUAGCAAAGUCCAAGGUAAAACUAGAAAAGGGCAGGAAGGAAAAAGAAAGAGGGGUAAAGCGUUGUCUGAGGACGAGGAAGAGAGUGAAGAAGAAAAAACCACAAGGAGAGGAACCAGACGGACGGGUAUAAAACUGAAGUGUAGUGAAAAUAAAGAAGAGGAAAAAUUGGAGGAGAGGAAUGCCCAAGAAGAGAAAGAGAGGAUGGAGAAAGAGCUCCAAGAACGAGAGGAGACGGAGAGGUUAGAGACGGAAGAAAAGGAGAAUGGGAGAAAGAAACGAGAAGAACGUGAACAGAGAAAGAGGGCUGAAUCCGAAAUGAGACAAACACUAGAAAGGGAGCAGAAGGAAUUAGAGGAAAAAGAACGAUUGAAAAGGGAAGAAGAGGAAAAAAUGAGAAAAGAAAAUGAGAGAAUUCAGCGGGAAAAAGAGGAAAAAGAUUGUUUAGAAAAAGAAGAGAAGGAGAGGUUUGAAAGGGAGAGGAGAGAACUAGAAGAAAGAAUUCAGAAGGAGGAAGAAGAGAAGAAAAGGUUGGAGAGGGAGAGGAGAGAACUAGAAGAACAAAGACGAAAGGAAGAAGAGGAAAGAAUUCAAAAGGAGAAGGAAAGAUUAGAGGCGGAAAGAGAACAAUUAGAAAAGGAAAGACGAGAAAAUGAGGAACGUCUGAUGAGAGCAACAGAACAAAAAAAGACAAAGGAGAGAAACCAUCAGAAACAAAAGAAUGAGGAGGACAAGACAGAACUAGAAGCUCCUCUAGUUCCUCCAGCCAGACGAACACGCCGCUGCUCAGGCUCCUCUAUGAACUCAGAUCAGUCUGUAUCCUCACAACAGGAGGUGUCCAGCCAGAGGGGACGAGGGCGAGGCAGGGGGCGAGGCCGAGGGAAACAGACAGCUGAUGAGCAACCCAUCAGUGCUAGACAGUCUAGCAGGAGAGGAGCAGCUAGUGCAGUUGAAGACACAGAGCAGGACUCCAAUUCAACAACCCGUUCCCGAUCCCGCUCCCACUCCAGUUCUAGAAGUUCUGAAAGAUCUGCUCAUAGUAUCGGACCUUCGAACCAAGGGACGAGAGGAAGAGGCAGAGGCAGGAAGAGUAUGAAACUACCAGAACCGGAAGAAGUUUCCCAAGCUAAAACUUCUGGAAAAGGCAGGGGAAGAGGAGGAAGGCGUUCUGGUGUGGAGAAUGUAAAUGUCGGAAUGGACAAUGAUCGUGAGCAAGAUGCUGAGGUGGUGGAGGACAGCACUGCUGUGCCCCAAACCAACAGCAGAGGUCGUAAGAGAGCAGCAAACACUAGAGCAUCCCCAGAAGAGGCUCCUUCACCCACACCCAAGACUCCAAGGCGGUCUGUGUCUAGUCAGGCGCACAAGGUGUUAUUCACUGGGCUGACAGAUGAGGACGGAGAAAGUGUCGUCACCCGGUUAGGUGGAAGUCUGGCGAAAGGAGUAAACGAUAUGACUCACCUAGUGACUGAUAAAGCGAGACGCACUGUUAAGUUUUUGUGUGCUGUUGCCAGAGGGGUGCCAAUCGUGACUCCUGAUUGGCUAAAGAAGUGUGGAAAAGCGGGCCAUUUCCUUUCUACUGAUGAAUAUAUAUUGAAAGACACCGAGCAGGAGCAAAAGUUUAAUUUCAGCCUACAGACGUCACUGCAAACUGCUCAAACUCAACCCCUUUUAAAGGGUUAUGAGAUUCACGUAACCCCUUCUGUGAUGCCGGAACGAUCUCAAAUGAAAGAAAUCAUCACCUGCUGUGGAGCACGCUUCCUCCCCAAAAUGCCCUCUGCUCACAAGGGGCACACUGUGGUGGUGUCAUGUGAGCAGGACACGGCGCUUUGUGAUAAGGCAGUGAGUAUGUCAUUGCCCGUGGUCAGCACAGAGUUCCUAUUGACUGGCAUUCUGCAGCAGAGAGUUGACCUGCAGUCCUAUUCUCUCACUUCCUCUCUCAACAUGUCCAAUCAGCCUGCGGCCCCCAAAGCUGCUGCCAGGGGCCGAAGAAAGUAGUGACAAUGACAUAGGAAAGGACUUGUUGUGUAUUACAUUUGUUCUAGUCUGUGAUAGAAUCUGAUACAAGUAUGUUUCAGUACAGAUUGCUUAAGAUGAAUAUGUGACACGUAAUAUCUCAGUUUUAUGAAGACUGUAAUGGGUUAGAUGAGAUGCUGCUACACUUGUAACCACACAUCCACUGAUUCCUGUGAAUGUGAGAGCUGGAGAGAGUGUGAGGUGGAUGUCAAUGAAUGAUGAGUGUUAGUGAUGGGAGAAUGAGCUCCUCUCAUUUUUUUAACGUAUUCAAUAAACGCUUUCAGAGCCAAAAUAAAGAAAUAUUGUGCG